UGCGAUCGUCUGAAUCGGGGGCUGGGUUUUUGCGAUCCCGAGUCUUUGCUAGCGCACUUGUUUGCAUUAAUAUUCUGCCCCUCCUCCUCCCUUCGCGCCCCAAUCAGCAGGGCGAAGGGCUUCUUGUAAUUGAGAAGCGCCGCGUUUGCUCCGGUUUGCCCAUCCGGAGUGGGACCCACUUAGGGCAGCCGGAUCUGAAGGGGCCAGUCUGUCAGCUAAGCAUUAAUCCCUCGACCGAGAGCUAAUAAGGGAGGUUGCUAAUAAUGCCUGACCAAAGUUGGUGCAGUGCUGAUUUAAUAGAAUAACAGAGUUGGAAAGGAAUGUUGGUGGUCUUCUAGUCCAAACCCCUACUUAGCCAAGUACAGAUAAAGAAUCAUGGAGGUGCUACGGCCAGUACUGAUAAGAAUUGAUGGGCGUGUUUAUAGGAAAAACUUUACUCGAGAGCAAGCUCAUCAACAGGAAGAAGAGGAAGAUUUUAAUACAGGUCUUGGAGAUGGCUCAGACGAACCCUGUGACGCAUUUGCAGUGGAAGAGACAGAAAGAGGAUACCAAUGCGCUAUGGACAUUCCUAGUCCACUGUAUAAGUAUAUAAUAGGAAAGAAAGGAGAAACCAGGAAAAAACUGGAGACAGAAACACGAACCUCCAUCAGUAUUCCCAAGCCAGGGGUGGAAGGAGAAAUUGUGAUCACAGGACAACAUCGGAGCGGUGUUAUUUCAGCACGGACACGAAUCGAUGUUCUCGUUGAAAGCUUUCGUAAAAAACAGCCCUUCACACAUUUUCUAUCAUUUGCACUCAACCAGCCUGCAAUCCAAGAGAGGUUUUUACAAUUCAAAGAGGAAGUGUUGGAGAAAUGUUCCCAUGACUGUGGAGUGAGCAGCAGCUUAUUCCAGAACCCAGCAAAGCUUCAUCUGACUAUUGGGACCCUGGUACUUCUGAAUGAACAGGAAAUCCAGAAAGCUCAGGAACUUCUCCAGAAGUGUAGAGAUGAUCUUGUUCACACAAUUACUGAAGGCAAACCUCUAACUGUGGAAAUAAGAGGUAUAGAGUACAUGAACGAUGACCCAGCCAUGGUUGAUGUUCUGUAUGCAAAAGUCCACAUGAAAGAUGGCUCCAACAGACUUCAGCUCCUAGCAGAUAGACUGGUGGACCAGUUUGCAACCUCUGGGCUGAUGAGAAGAGAAUGGGAUAAAGUGAAGCUCCAUGCCACUAUUAUGAACACGGUCUUUCGGAAUGAUCCUAGCGCUGAAGAACCGAAUAACCGAGCCACGGGCAAACAGUUCAAGGAAAGGGAAUCAUUUGAUGGCCGAACAAUUUUGAAGCUCUUUGAGAACUUCGAAUUUGGAGAAGUACAGCUGAAUUCCAUCUGUCUCUCACAGCGAUUCUCCACUGACCAGUCGGGUUACUACGCCUCAUCUGGGCAGCUCAAUUUCUCCUGAAUUGCAGACUCAUCUGUCCCGAUAGAUUGCACAUAAUGAGAUCCAGGAGUGUCUAAUAUACAAGGGCAAUAAUGAUUUAAAUGUGCCCUGCUAUUAGAUCAGGGUCACUCUGUUCUCCCGAAUCAACCUUAGAACUUUCCCAAUAUCUACGCAAAAAAAAACCCUGACCUAAACUGAAUGAAAGAAAAUAGCUAUGCAAUUAAAUAAGUUACUUUGGUUGGCAGGUGGUUUGUUGGGAGAAAAAAAAGCUGGAAAUAAAAGAAGUAAUAGUACCUGCAUUUAGGAAGCUAUAAAUGUACAGAAAUUACCCAUUAAUUAUUUUUAAUGGCUAACUUUUCAAAUUAAAGGAA